GCUGUAUGUGAAGAAGCCUCAGUACAGUCUUCAGAGAGCCUUGAGGCUUUGCAGAAUAAAGUGUCAACACUAACAGUAGCAUUGACCACUUUAACAUCAGAGAAAAACAGAAUUGAAAUGUCGUUCCAGAAUGAUAAGAAGAGGCUUUUAUCAGAGAAGGAAAAGUUGGAACAGCAAAUAGCAGAACACUUACAAAAAAUGCAGGAAAGUCAAAAGAAGUUUCAAUGGAGGAGAAGUUGCAAGAUUUACGUAGCCGUUUGAUUGUUGCUCAACAUGAGAGAGAUCAAGAUACCCAAACCACUGCCGUGAUGUUAAGGGAAUUGGAGAGCAAGUUGGCAGUAGAACGCAGUGCACGAGAAAAAGCAGAGACUCAAUUAGAAGAUGCAAAGCAAGCAGCACAGCGACCUUCUACGGUUGCAGUCAGUCGUCCCCUUGAACAGUAUGAGAAGAAAAUAACAGAUCUUCAGAAUGAAUUAGAACAAGUUCGUUCACGCUUGAAGAAAGCAGAACAGCAGUCGGAAAAACCUCCCUUACUGCUGAAAAUCCAAGGAGAAAUGGAGGACUUGAAAUUCCAGCAUCGACAAGCAAUCCAGCAAGAACGUAAUCGAGCUGCCACUGUAGAGGAAUCAGCGAGAAAUUUGGCUCAGUCACAUGAAGACCGGGUGGCAACCCUAGAGGCACGACUUGCUAAUCUUUCCUUAACUGUAGCUUCGUACGACCGAACACGUCAGGAUGAUCUUCAGGCUAUACAAAAACUCAAG